AUGAGUGUCAGACCAGAUGCUAAUUUCAAGCCGAUCCAGGAUAUGGGUCCUGCAGGAGGCUGGGCCAAGACUCCUCUUGAACUCUCAAGAGGACGACGUGGACCCAAAGGCUGGCAACUGUUUCUAGGAACCUCAGUUGCAAUCUUCUGGGGCUUCUCCCGUGUGGGUGCUGGAAACAAGAAAAGGAGUGAGCAAAAGCUUUUUGAGCGACAAGAGCGAUAUGCACUUGCUCCUCUACUUCAAAACGAGGCCGACCGCGAAUAUCUUUUGAGGGAGAAGAAACUCCAAGCUCAAGAGGAAAAUAUCAUGAGCCAGGUUCCAGGAUGGAAGGUUGGUGAAUCUCAAUACCAUGGUUCACGAUGGACCCCUGCCCAUGUUAUGGAUUCCAACAAGAGCAAUAUCAAGAAGUAA